UGUGUGCCUGCCCUUCCCUCCUCCAAGACGCGGCAUGUUGCCCUGGCCCUCUCCUCGGUGGGACAAGGGUAAGGAGCAGGUGCCUGAGGAACAGGGCUCCUCACUGUGCAGUGACCCCGGCAAAGAUUGGAACUCUGGAGAGGAAGCCCUGGGGGAGCCAGGUACACCCCCGCAGGACAGCCCUCAGUCCUGGUCCCUAAGGCGCUCCUGGACUCAGAGAGAAGGGCUGCUGGCCCCGCUCCCCUCAGGUGUGGUGGCUGGGCAGUCCCUAGGAACCCCAGUUUCCCUUUCCCCUCAGAUGGCCUGGGAGGUGGCACCCUCAAGGAUGACCCGGCUGGCACCAUGGGACCCCAACUACGAGGCCAAAGUAGAACCACAGCUGGUGUGGGGGUCCAGCUGUGCGUCCGGUGCCUCCUUCUCAGGACGGACUUUGUGUCACCCCUCCUUUUUGCCACUGUAUGAAGCAGCCUUAGGCAGGGGCUGCAGGCCCCGGGCCACAACAGGUCAUCAGAAUGGUGAGCAGGUGCCCAGGGAUGCAGGGUUCCCAGUGAUGUGCUGUGGAGAUGUUUUUCUUUCAGACCCUCUGCUGCCUCGUGGGCAGCGUGUUCCCCUGUUCCUGUCUGAGGCCUCUCAGCAGGUAAUAGGCUCUCUGAAGCUGCAGCUGCCACCCCCUAUUAUGUCCCCCUGGGUCUACCCCACCCGGUCCCCUGGCCGCUCCACCGCCUGGCUCAGUGGGCCUGAGCUGAUCGCCCUCACUGGCCUCCUGCAGAUGAGCCAGGAGGAGCCAAGACCUAGUUCCACGGGUUCCUCUGCAGCUCCUACAUCCCCCGCUGGCCCCCCAGACCCUGUCUAUGAUCAUCCAGGCCCCACUGGUGACCGGAGCUGUUCUCACUGCACUGACCCAUCUCCCCCACAAACCCCAGACACUCAUUGCCCAUAG